AUGACUUCCAACACCCCUGUUCCUCAAAACGACAAUGUCGCCCAUGCGCUCUCCGGCGCGGGUGGUGGAAUCCUGUCCAUGGCUCUGACAUAUCCGCUCAUAACACUCUCAACUCGCGCACAAGUGGAGUCAAAGAAGGCUGAAACCAAGUUCAUCAAUGCCGUCCAGCAGAUUAUCGCCCGUGAAGGUGUUUCGGGAUUGUACGCCGGUAUUAACUCGGCCCUCUUCGGCAUCAGCGUCACCAACUUCGUCUACUACUACUGGUAUGAGUGGUCCAAGUCCUUCUUUGAGAAGGCCGCAGCCAAGGCCGGCCGCGCCAACAAGAAGCUUUCCACUGUUGAGUCGAUGAUUGCUGGUGCCAUCGCUGGAUCAGCGACUGUCAUCAUCACCAACCCCAUCUGGGUCAUCAACACCCGGGUCACCACCCGACAACAGGGGAAAUCCUCCGAUGUCGAGGCCGGCGCCGGUGCCGAGGUCGCGAAGCCCAAGGCCCCAAGCACAAUCGGAACGCUGCUGGCGCUCCUGAAGAACGAGGGCCCUAAGGCACUCUUCUCCGGUGUACUUCCCGCCCUGAUCCUCGUGAUUAACCCCAUUCUUCAGUACACGUUAUUCGAACAGAUGAAGAAUAUUGUGGAGAAGAAGAAGGGCAAGAUCACCCCUGCGACGGUCUUCUUCCUGGGCGCUCUUGGCAAGCUCUUUGCCACGUCUAUUACCUACCCUUACAUUACCGUCAAGAGCCAGAUGCACGUCGCGAGCUCCAGUAGCAAGAAGGAGGGAACCUUCCAGGCUCUAAACCGUGUUAUCAAGGAGGAAGGAUACUCUGGCUUGUACAAAGGUAUCGGCCCCAAGGUCACGCAGAGUGUUUUGACCGCCGCUCUGCUGUUUGCUUUCAAGGAUGUCCUAUAUGAACAGACCGUCAGGCUUCGCACUAACAUCGCUCGCAAGCGUGUUGGC